ACUCGCACGUAAUCGUUCUGAGACCAUAUUCUCAAAUGCGGCUAGUGUCAUCUCCGGGUCAGACCCGCUUGCGUUUGCUCUCGUAGGGCUUAUAAUGACAUGCGCAGACCGCGAUAUUUCAACACCCUGGUCGAAGCUGACUCUCACUGCGACAUAUGAGAUUGAAAAUGUCGAUGAGAGCUAAUCUGUUGGCCUUGUCACAGGCUUUACUUGCACUAGAAGCAUUAUCUUCUCCAUUGACUCAGACCACCCCGUCUGCACCCAUCAUCGACUUAGGUUAUGCUCAGUACCAGGGGUCAGUAGAUACAGCGACAAACAUCACCAGCUUUCUUGGAAUACGCUACGCGGCUCCUCCAGUUGGUGACUUCAGAUGGGCAGCUCCCCAGCCUCCAUCGACCAUCUCUGGGGUUCAACAAGCUACCACGCAACCAAAUGAAUGUUAUCAAGCACCCCCAAGCAAUUCUUCGACAAAUCCCUAUGAAAGCAUCACUAUAAAGAAAAGGGAUGUUAGUGAGUCGGAAGAUUGUUUAUUCUUAAAUGUAUACACUCCCGGAAGUGAAGUGGUGGCCACCCCGUCGGGAGGACUCCCAGUUGUCGUAUGGAUUCACGGAGGAGGGUAUAUUUCAGGAGCUGCGAAUUUAUACAAUGGCGCAGACUUAGUCAUGGAAUCAAAUCACGGUGUCAUCAUCGUCGUGCUCCAGUACCGCCUCGGUUUAUUCGGUUUCCUUCCUGGAGAAUCGGUCAAAGAAGGGGGUGCACUCAAUGCUGGACUACUUGACCAAAAUUAUGCGUUCCAGUGGGUCCAGGCCUACAUAAGUAGCUUCGGAGGCGACCCCACGAAUGUGACGAUUUGGGGAGAGUCUGCUGGUGCCGGUUCCGUGCUACAGCAUCUUGUUGCUCAUGGAGGAAACACGCAGCCUCCCCUCUUCAGAGGUGCCAUGACGAGUUCCACAGCUUUGCCAUCACAAUACAACUAUGACGACCGAAUUCCCGAGAUGCUGUAUAGUCAGGUCAUCGAUGGAACAAACUGUAGCUCAAGUUCGGAUACCCUCUCUUGUUUGCGCGCUGCAGACGUCAAUACGCUGGAAACAUUGAACUAUAACAUCAACCUCAACAGCUUCCUUGGCACGGUCCCAUUCGCCCCUGUCGUAGAUGGCACUUUCAUUGUGGAGAGACCUACCGUGACGAUUAGCAAGGGUCACUUGAAUGGCAACUACCUUCUUGCCGUAACCAAUUCUCAUGAGGGAAACCUCUUCGUGAACCAAUCGAUGACAAUGGAUCUCGCAGAUUAUCUCAAAACGGUUUUCCCGAACUUCGGUUCGGCUCAGGCUGCAGGAGCAGUGAUGCUGUACCAGAACCAGGGAAGCAACGUAGACCAGGCAAAUCUCGCGACAGGCGAAUCAACAUUCGUUUGCCCUACAUAUUAUCUCCUCGAAGCAUUUGGAGAGCAAGCUUGGAAGGGCGAGUUUGCAAUUCCACCUGGCCUGCACGCAUAUGAUGUUCCAUAUUACUUCACUUCGCUUGGUCCUACAUACAACAAUUCCCAGUUUAUCACUGCUUUCUCGAACUCAUUCAUGGCUAUGGCCAUGUACAAGACUCCUGACGACAGAUACACCCCAGAAGACAUCACACCUUCCUGGAAUUCUUGGCGACAUGGUUUCACAGAGAUGAUGUUCAACGAGACAUCCGCGGGAGCUCCUGACGUGUACACUUUCAAGACUGACAUGGCCGUGCUCGAGCGUUGCGCCUACUGGCGAAAUGUGUCGACGUAUACGGCGCAGUGAAUGCGCUGGUCACAAAGGGUUCUGGACGUGGGAUCACUUUGCGGCGAGGCUUGGCGCUAAUAAAAGAUCUGU